AUGAUUCACGGCAAUCUUGCUUGGUUUCGUGCGGAUCGGCUCGAGUGGGAAAGGAGGAAUGAAUAUGAUAGAGAGUGGAGUAAACGUAGCUCGGAUUCGGAUUCGUGGCAGUUUUCGUGGACACGUUGUGAAGCUUUUAUGAAAAUUGGUUUGAGGUGGGAGGGAUCAGAUCAACAGAUUGAACAAAUUAAAACUUGA